AUGGAGAGAUGUUACGAGGAGAUUGCCGGAACGCUGGGGCGGGAUCGGAAUCCCCGGAUUGUCCGGGGGGAGGGGGCGACGGCGUUCCGACGGCGGCGGAUGCCGGAUGGACAUUACGAGGAGAUACGGGAGAUCCAGCGACGGGCUCGGAGACUGGGAUCGCCGGCUGGCAUUCCCGGACAGUCGGUGGGACUGGGAUCGGAUUCCCUGCCGGCAGGAGGGGUGGCGAGCGGAAACGGCGGAGGCUAUCAGGAGAUUCCGGACAGACAUUACGAGGAGAUCGGGGAGAUCCAGAGACGGGCUCGGAGACUGGGAUUGCGGUCCGGUGUUCCCGGACAGCCAGUGGGACCGGGAUCGGACUCGCUACUGGCGGGCGGGAACGACGGAGGCUACCAGGAGAUGUCCGAGGUCCACGGUUCGGCGGUGGGGGAGUCCGGGCGAUCUUGCAGCCCCAGGCGAGGUGCGGAGACCCGGGGCCCGGUGCCCACGGUUCCAGCCGCGGCCUACGCCACGGUGAACAAAUCCGGGGCCCACGUGUACACGGAGCCGCGCGCCGCCGCACAGCAGGCCUCGCCGUUCCCCGGCCACGAGUACUCCGAGCUGGAGCCGCAGCGAGCUAGGCCGGCCAACCACUACUGCCCCGACCCCACCGCCCCGACACCAGGGGCCCGGACCCUGCCCGGCAACAACAGGAGCCUGCGGCCUACCUCCCCGACCUUCGACCCCGCAGCGCGGCCCCUGCCCGACCCGCGGCCGACCACCCCGACCCUUGACCUCGCGGCUCGACCCCUGCCCGACCCCACCAGGCCCACCGCCCCGACCCCCGGCACCAAGGCCCGGACCCUGCCCAACCCCAACAGGAGCCUGCGGCCUACAGCCCCGACCUCUGACCCCACAGGCCGAUCCUCGCCCGACCUCAGCAGGAGACUGUGGCCUUCGACCCCGACCCGUGACCCUGCAGCACGACCCCUGCCCGACCCCAAGACACUGUGGCCUUUCACCCCGUCCCACGACCCCACAGGCCGACCCCCGCCCGACCCUAACAGGAGCCUGAGGCCUACUACCUCGACCCUUGACCCCACAGCACGACCCCUGCCCAACCCUAACAGGAGCCUGAGGCCUACUGCCUCGACCCUUGACCCCACAGUACGACCCCUGCCCAACCUUAACAGAAGCCUGAGGCCCAUUAACCCGACCCUUGACCCCACCGUACGACCCCUGCCCGACCCCGACCAAAGCCUGCGGCCUGCUACCAUGACCUAUGUACCCAUGGACCGACCAACCCCCCACCCCAGCCUGCGGCCGGCAGCACCAGCCGGCGAGGCCACUCUUCCCAUCUAUGCGCAGCCAGCACGGAAACGGCACGGCCAGAACGUCCCCGGGCCCAGUGGCCCGGAGCCGGGCCCCAUCCAACUCGACGAUGUAGCAUACGGGGUGUUGUCCAGGCCCGCAGCGUCCACUCCCAGACCGGGCGCGGGGCGGGUAGAGAAUCGACCCAGGGCUCUGGCAACUCGAGCCAAACCAGGCCCUGGGUCAGGGGAGGUCCCACCCAGACUAGGCCCAGCGGAGAAUAAACCCAGACUAGGCCCAGCGGAGAAUAAACCCAGACCAGGCCCUAUGGAGGUCGCACCCAGACCAGGCCCAGUGGAGCUCCCACCCAGACCAGGCCCAGCGGAGAAUAAACCCAGACCAGGCCCUAUGGAGGUCCCACCCAGACCACCCAGACCACCCAGACCAGGCCCAGCGGAGAAUAAACCCAGACUAGGCCCAAUGGAGGUCCCACCACGACCAGGCCCAGCGGAGCUCCCACCAAGACCAGGCCCAGUGGAGCUCCCACCCAGGCUAGGCCCUAUGGAGGUCCCACCCAGAUUAGGCCCAAUGGAGGUCCCACCACGACCAGGCCCAAUGGAGGUCCCACCCAGACUAGGCCCAGCGGAGCUCCCACCACGACCAGGCCCAAUGGAGGUCCCACCCAGACCAGGCCCAGCGGAGGUCCCACCCAGACUAGGCCCAAUGGAGGUCCCACCCAGACUAGGCCCAAUGGAGGUCCCACCCAGACCAGGCCCAGCGGAGAAUAAACCCAGACUAGGCCCAGGGCCAGGGGAGAUCGCACCACGACCAAGCCCAGCAGAGAAUAAAUCCAGACCAAGCCCUAUGGAGCUCCCACCACGACUAGGCCCGGUGGAGGUCCCACCCAGACUAGGCCCAGCGGAGCUCCCACCACGACUAGGCCCGGUGGAGGUCCCACCCAGACUAGGCCCAGCGGAGAAUAAACCCAGACUAGGCCCAAUGGAGGUCCCACCCAGACUAGGCCCAGGGGAGAUCCCACCCAGACUAGGCCCAAUGGAGGUCCCACUCAGACUAGGCCCUAUGGAGAAUAAACCCAGACUAGGCCCAGCAGAGACACCUCCCCGACCGGUCCUCCCCGCGCCCCGUCCAACCGCAGUUACCCCGGAGACGGGCGUAGGAGGGGGAGGGGGAGGGGGAGCUCGGCCCACCCCAUCACAAGAUGGCGGCCUGUACGAGACCAUCCUGGAGUACCAGCGGCCCGCUGCAGCCCGGCCCGUGUGCAGGAGGGCGAGGAACUGA